UGACAUGCGCGGACGAGGUUUGCGGGCGAAUCCCGUGUGGUGAAAACUCUACGAAGCCUAGUUGUAUCCACGUGACUCCGCGUGAACUUAUAAAGCUCCCAGAGGGCGAGUGAUUGCGCGCACUCUGUUAGUAAAAGGUCCAGUCUGCGUUUCUGCCGGCGAGUUCCAUUCUACUUAGAACUUGGAAGAAAAUAUGCACGUUGGCGCAGUCGUGCUUGCCCUAUCCUUUGCUGCUGUGGGAUGGGGGUUUCCUUUUUUGAUGCAUCCCGGACGAGGGCCGCCUGGAUCUUUUGGGCCUCCUGGGCUUCGUGACAAACUUCUGCCACCGGGCCUCUGGAACAAUAUUCACGGUAAUGGUCCACCCGGACAUCACCACCGACCACACCAUCCGCCACCUCCUCCGCCACCACCUCCAGCAACAGAAGCAACGACAUCUGGCCCUGCAGAUGCAGACACCUCCUCUGUAGCAGACGAUUCGACGACUUCACUCAGCACAUUGCCGCCUAGCGAAGAGGCUACGACGGUAGACAAUGCAGUAACGAAUGACGCAACAUCAGAGAGCUCGACUGAGAUGCAAGCAGAUGUCUCGACACCACUAGCGGAAUCGGCUACAAAUGAGAACGUCCCAGAAGAUGCCACGGAUACUACUGCGGAUACAAGUACCUCUGAUGGAGCAGCAGGAACGGCAACUGACACUGAAUUAGGCGAGCUUCCAACAGAGGGCGCAGCAGAGACCACCACAAGUGACGCCACCACGGAGAGUGCGCCAGUACAGGAUACAGAUGCAGCUACAAAUUCUGACUCCACAGACACGGACACUACAGGGGGUGGUGCGGCUACGGAAGCCGCAGGCGAAGGGGCUACGUCUGCAGAAACCAGUCCAGAAGGUAGCGAAUCUCCCUCUGUAAACGAUACUACCAACGACAGCUCCGCUACGAGCAUUUGAUACUGGAGACAUUCAUUGAACAGCAGGAGUGCUAAGAAGCUAAUAAAGAAUCGCAGUCCUGUG